CCCAAUGGAAAUUUUACCUGUGAAGACAUCAAAUUCUGAUAGAUACAAAAUUGAAGCUAGAAAUCUUUCCUACAAAUUACCUCCUAAAUAUAAUGAGUUUAAAUGGAUAGGCAAAAAGUUGGCUAACAACAACAAAACUAGUACUUAUAUACUAAGGAAUGUGAGUUGUGAAGCCAAACCAGGAGAAAUUACAGCAGUUGUUGGUCCAAGUGGCGCGGGAAAAACGACGUUGUUGGAUAUUCUAGCAGGAAAUGUUGGUCCAUCAUGUGUUUCUGGUCAUGUUCUUGUUAAUGAUCAGCCUAUGAAGCCUGCAAAUUUCAGGAGAAUAUCAGGCUAUGUGACACAAGAUGAGGCUUUAUUCCCUCCUCUCACUGUUGAAGAGACUUUGAUGUAUAGUGCGCGAUUCAGGCUACGUGCAGGGGAUGAUAAGGCCAAAGACAGAGUGAAAAAGCUGUUGAAUGAGCUUGGUUUGGACCAUGUUGCUGGUUUAAAAGUUGGGAGAGAAUCAAGCAGGACUAUUUCAGGUGGUGAGAAGCGUAGAGUGGCGAUUGGAGUUGAAUUAGUCCAUGAUCCUGCUGUUGUUUUGCUCGACGAACCAACUUCAGGUCUUGAUUCUGCUUCAGCUUUUCAUGUAAUGCAUCUGUUAAAAUCAAUGGCUAAGAAUCAUGGUAAGACAAUUGUACUAACCAUCCAUCAGCCUGGUUUUCGAAUUCUUGAACUUUUCGAUAAAGCUGUGUUGCUGUCAAAUGGCUUUGUCCUUCACAAUGGAUCUUUGCAUCUUCUUGAAGAGAAACUUAAGUCCACAGGACAUUUCAUUCCUCAUCAUGUCAAUGUUCUUGAAUUCGCUAUCGAUAUAACAGAUAGCCUUGCAGAAUGCCUGCAUUCUGGAGAUCAAAGUGACAUUGAAAAAUGUGAAACAGAACAAGAAAGUGUUAAUGUGCUUAACAAAAACACCAAUAAGGAAGUUCUCUACUCCAAUUCUCCACUGAAAGAAGUACUAAUUCUGAGCCAAAGAUUCUGCAGGAACAUCUUCAGGACAAAACAACUUUUCUUGGCUAAGGUGAUCCAAGCAUUACUUGUGGGGCUAAUUCUGGGAUCAAUAUUUUUCAAUGCUUAUAACAACAACACCAAGAAUUUGGAGCUGCAAUCUCAAGUUGGAUUCUUUGCUUUUAGUCUCACAUUCUUGCUGUCAUCCAACACGGAAGCUCUACCGAUUUUCUUAGAAGAAAGGCGAAUCCUAAUGAGGGAAACAUCUAGAGGAGCCUACAGAAUUUCCACCUACAAUAUAGCUAACACUAUAGUAUUCCUUCCUUUCCUUUUCAUAGUGGCUCUUCUCUAUGCUAUACCAGUAUACUGGCUAGUAGGAUUAAAGUACGAAUUCAGUGCAUUCGCGUACUAUACUCUGGUGUCCUGGAUGAUUUUCGCGAUGGGGAAUUCAUUUGUGGCAGCCUGUUCUGCACUAGUGCCAAAUUUCCUCCUUGGAAUGUCAUUUAUCGGUUGCCUAAUAGGUGCAUUUUUCCUUUUCUCAGGGUACUUUAUAUCGAAGGAGUCAAUUCCUAUAUUCUGGCUAUUUGUGCACUAUCUGAGUCUGUUUAAGUAUCCGUUCGAAUGUUUCUUGAUUAAUGAGUAUGGAGGAGAGAGUGGGAAACUGAAAUGCAUACAGAAAGUUGAUGGAGUGUGUCUAAUGUAUGGUGAACAGUUGUUGACACGAUACGGUCUGGAGGAGUCACAGAAGUGGUCUAACAUAGCUAUUAUGUUGAGUUUCAUCUUUUGUUACAGGUUUUUAAGCUUUCUGAUUCUCUGGUAUAGAUCUAUCAGAAACAAAUGUUGA